UUGGGUAGAAGAAAUUUAAGGCGGCGAAGGCGCUUGUUUCAUCUGCAUACGCUACACCUGUGUCGGACUACUGGAUUACUGUGAAGCACUUCCAUUAGGCUACAACAUGAAUUUCGGGAUAUUUUGGGUUACCGUGGUACUUACGCUGGCCUGCGCACAGGUCUGUCUUUCUCAGAAUGAAAAUACAGAAACCAGAGGCUUCACUGGUGAAGAAAACCUCGACGGGGUUGUGGUGAGCACCACAGGUUUCCUGAUUCUACAGAGUCGUCUUACCACCAUCUUUCUCCCGAUCGUUUACAUCUUUGUGUUUGUCGUGGGCCUGCCCACCAACCUCGUCGCUAUCUGGGUCUUCCUCUUCAGGACCAAGAAGAAGCAUCCAGCGGCCAUCUACAUGGCCAACCUGGCCAUGUCUGACCUGCUGUUUGUUAUCUGGACUCCCCUGAAGAUCGCGUACCACAUCAAUGGCAACAAUUGGAUUUUUGGAGAGGCUAUGUGCAAAGUCGUGACGGGGUUCUUCUAUGGAAACAUGUACUGUUCCAUUGUUUUUAUCGCUUGUAUUAGCGUUCAGCGCUACUGGGCCGUAGUUCACCCUCUCUCCAAAAAUAGGAGGGACAACCAAGUGGCCAUCGCAGUCUCCGUCACAGUUUGGGUUGUGGUCUGGCUGGCCUCUACUCCCCUUUACCUCUAUGACCAAACAGUCUUGGCCACAAACAUGAACAUUGUCACCUGUCAUGACAUCACUAGACCCAGCCAGAUGACCAUGGCUGCGGGUUACUUCCUGACCAUGGGAAUUCUGGGAUUUGCGGUCCCUAUGAUCGUGUGCGUUGUGGCCUAUAUCCUCAUGCUCAGGUCGCUAAGGAACUCCAUGACGGAUGCCACCAUCUGCAAGAAGCGCCACAAGGCCGUGGUUCUGAUCAUCACAGUGCUGGUCAUGUUCCUGGUGUGCUUCACCCCCAGUAACAUCAUGCUGGUGGUGCACUACUCCCUCCUGCUGGCCGGAAGACUGAACAACGGUUACGGCUUCUACAUCACCACCCUGUGUCUGGCCAGCCUCAACAGCUGCGUGGAUCCCUUUGUUUACUACUUCAUCUCCGAGGAGUUUCGGGAGCACGUGAAGAACACGCUGAAGUGCCGGAGUCAGAGGACGGUGGAGAGGAUGAGGGUCUCGUUCAGCGCCCUGAAGUAUUCCAAGAAGAACAGCGCCUACACUUCCAGCACGGGGAACACCCAGAGCAGCUCCUGCUGAGGGGGGCGUUAAGGGACGGGCGUUCGUAAGGACAGUUUGGGGGAUACUGAAUACUGACAUUUUAGGAUGCCGUUAAAAGUAGUCUAACUUUGUAUGACUUGGAAAUGAAUGUGUGUCUCGUUAUGGACUUCUUUUAAUGUAAUCUGACCUCUGAAUAUCUUGGUACUAUUCUCUCACCACUGAGAAGGGGCACUUGAUAUUCAUCAAGUUUAAAUGACUUAGCACUGAGUUAUCUUUACGUUAACUAUGCAAAUGUUUGUAAAUGCACAAAAUGUUUAUAUUGUACCAGUGUAUUGUUGGCCGUGUGUGUGUAUUGUUUCUAACAUGAAUAUGUGAAGAUUAUUUUUAUUUAAAAAUAAAUAUAUACAUUUCUUAA